GGUUCUGGUCCAGAACAGAGGUUCUGGAGGUACUGCAGGAAUCUGGUGUUCUGAUCCGAGAGCUUCCUGUGGUUCACCGCAGACAUGAAGCAAGAGCAGAACUCUGCAGCAGGGACCAGAACCACGACCCAGACUGUAAAUCAGCCUCUUGUUGUUGUCGUCCAGGGGCGGGUCCAGUCGGGUCGGGUCGGGUCGGGAGUGGGAGGGGGGCAGAACCUUCCUGACAAACACACAAUAAGAGCCCAGAACACCGAGACGCCAUCAGAACCAGGACCGACCCGCUGCAGCCAGAGUGGACCAGGAUGUGGAUGUUUGUGGUCCUCCUCAGCCUGCUGGAUCAGAACCAGGCUGCUCCUCUCCCAGGAAAACAUGGAGAACUUCAGCUGGUUCUGCAGGGACAGCUGGCCCAAACCGCGGUCACUGCCACUCCUGCUGUUCCUCAGCAGAAGACCUCCUCUUCCUCCUCCUCCUCCUCUUCCUCUUCAUCCUCAGACUCCUCUGAGUCCAGCCAGAGGUUCACGAUGUUCCAACUGCUGAAGGACCAGCAGCAGCUGGAGAACACGGCGGGGGAGCAGCUGGACUCCCAGGAGAGCUCAGAGUUCCUGCUGCCGCCCAGCAACACCAGCAGCACCGCCCUGCCAGGCGGAGGACACGCCCACGACAUGGAGGACCAACACAAGGCCACUCUGCAGACCUUGCACCACCUUCAGGACCCAAACAGAGACGCUCUCCAAUCACAUGUGGUGGGCGGAGACUUUGUUGAAGGGGGCGUGUCUACAGACACUGUGGGCGGAGCCACAUCGAGGCUAGCAGAUGGAGACGACAGCGAGGCCAAGGAGGAAGAGAGGAACGGACUUCAGCAUCUGACAGACGACAGCAGGGAGGGAGAGGAUGGGAUGUCCUUUCAUCUUCCUGGUUUCCAUGGUGACGAGGCGGGGCUAGAGCUGGCAUUGUAGAGUGGACCCCGCGCUGUGAAGCUUUCUAUAAACAGCUGGUUCCUUAUGCAGCUGUGUGUGUUACUGAGCUCAUAUUAUUAACAGAUAAUCCUCUGUUUAAUCUGUUGGUUCAAUAAAAACAUUUUAAAUCCAUGAAACAAA